AGCGUUCAGUUUCAGCGUAGUGUUUAGCCUGUACAUAUGAUGGCCAGCAGUGGGCAGGUAGUUGCCGCGGCAGCAGUGCUGCUGCUGAUGCAGCUACAAACAGUAACUUCCGCGACAUUCGGUGCUCGGGAUCCUCCUCCACUGGCGCUCCGGGAAGCGCAGGCAGCGUGUGUGAAAUACUUGGGCAUCUGCGAAAACCGUCUCCACCAGUACAACAACAGCGUCUACCCGACCGACCAGGACACCAUGUGUAUGGUGCGCUGUGCCGGCAUCAUGGUCGGGUUCUGGGACGACUGUCAGGGACUGAAGCUGGACGGACUGGCUAACCUUUUCCCUGCGCUGGCAGCAAACAAUCGCGUUCGGUAUCAAAUUAUGAGCUGUGCAGAAAAGCGCAUCGCCACCUGUCCGCCCCAAGAUACCUGUGCCAGGGCGUACAACGGGUUCCGCUGCUUUCUGGAUGCACAGAAGGGUGGAUUCGGUGCGAAGGAUAUGCAGCCACAGCAAUCGACUCCACCGCAACCGUUCGAUGCGCAGGAAUUCAUUCGCUCGCUAUCGAUUUGUGCCAAGCUGCAGCGCAUACCCAAGGACCGGCGGGACCUGUACGUGCAGGGCGUUUUCCCGAACGACGACAAAACCCGCAGCCUCAUUCGCUGCGUCGGCAUCCGGACCGGGCUGUACGAUGAUGAGCAGGGUCCCAACAUCGCACUGCUGUACAGUUUGUUCGGCGCUGGUCAAUCGGAGAGCGAGUUCCGGCGCAGGGCAAACCUGUGCAUCGACGCCAACCAGCCACUGCUGGAAGCGCAGGACAAAAAUGCUCAGGCGUACGUUAAGCUGUACCGUUGCUUUGCCGACCAAAUCAGUGCACUCGUACGGGCCAACGCUAAUGCCAUGGCGUAGAGCUGACGGACACUUGUGUGCAAAACAAAAUAAACAACACUUUUACCGCCGGAAACUA